GACAGCCAAGACAGUGUGCCCCAGACCUCCGACGAAUCCGCUUGCCAAGCUGAAAUCCCAAGCCAUGGAUAGCCUUCAGUAUGCGGUUGAGUUUGCCCACGAUGAGAAUCUUCUAAAGAACCAGGCGAAUGUGUCUCACCUGUCGGAAUUUUUGGCCAUGCUCACCCUACAGUCAUCCGACGAACUUGAUGAAGACUUCCAUAUUUUUCAAGAGAAACUAAAGCAACUCAAACGAGAAGCCAAUUUACUGGACGCAAAUUUCGAUUCACCAGAUUAUUAUACACAAAAGGAGGAACUAAUCUUCAAGGUCGUGUGCGAAAUUAAGGGUAUUGACCAUGACAAGUGGCUUAGAGAUGAACAGGGCCUUGAGGAUGUCGCCUCGCUAAGCGAUUUCCUGCAGGAUGAAUUUGUCAGCGAAGACAACUGAUUUGUCAUUUUGAACCCUUAGAUCGAAGGUUUUAUUAAUUUUAAUAAACAUUUAUAUUUUGAAAUCUA